UGCGCAUCGGAGACCUAUAGAGACGCACUCUAGAUAUUAUAUGGAGAUGAAAAAAAGUAUGCCGCUGUGAAGAUGAGCUAUGUGUUGGAUCUCUCUGUACGGAUCUUGACAAAGACGCAGCACGAACAGUCUUGGCUGCUGCUGACGCUGUAGACACGUGACAGCCGGGGCUGGAUAAAUGUGUUUUGACAGCAGUCAAAGUAGCAGACAGGUUUCCACGGGAUCCAAGCUUCGACUGCUUGCAAAGGGCUCUUUAAAAAGUCUCAUAUACACUUUUACAGCGAGUGGAGCCUCCUGAAGGAAUACAGGAGGAGACACCCAUUGCUCCGUUUGGUUCGUGAGAAAGUGUAGCAACUUUUGUUUUCUGCAGCAGAAAUUGCAACUUUUGAGCAUUUGGUUUGAUACGCAACUCACAGAAGGACCAGGAUUCUUGUUGUUAUUGUUGUUGGUGGUAGUGAAAACUGAACGCAUUUUCAAGGGGAGCGAUUCAAACAAUGACUUUAGGAACAGAAAUGUCAGACAAUUCCGCUCUUGCAGAGGAUGUGGACAUCGACGUGGUUGGGGACAUGAGCGUUAAAGAGGGGAAGUAUCACGAUUUUCAAUCGGACAACGACUCAGAUGAUAACCUGUGCAGGAACGCGGGAGAGAACGCCUCUUCCCCGGGCCUGAGCAGCGGUUCGGACUCCAACCCGUCCCGUGGUGAAGAGAAGACUGGCAAAAACACUUUGGUGAAGCCCCCUUACUCUUACAUCGCCCUCAUAACCAUGUCUGUCCUGCAGAGCCCCAAGAAGAGGCUCACGCUGAGCGAGAUCUGCGAGUUCAUCAGCAACCGCUUCCCCUACUACAGAGAGAAAUUCCCUGCCUGGCAGAACUCCAUCCGCCACAACCUGUCCCUUAACGACUGCUUCGUGAAAAUCCCGCGGGAGCCCGGGAACCCUGGCAAGGGCAACUACUGGACCCUGGACCCGGAAUCGGCGGACAUGUUCGACAACGGCAGCUUUCUGCGGAGGAGAAAACGCUUCAAGAGGCACCAGUCCAUUGAAAUGCUGCGGGACCCAAACAGCUUCCUUCCAGGAUUUGGAUACGUGCCUUACGGGUAUAAUUACGGCAUCCAGCUGCCUAACUUCCACCCCCACCACCACGGCACGGCUUUCCCGUUCCAGCCCCCGCACUGCGCAAUGCCGUCCCCGGCUUCCCUGUUUCCAGCACCGCACAUGCCAUCUCUCCUGGGCAACGAGCUUGCUAGAAAACCUUUCUACCCCCAGCUGAGCCCAACUCUGCCCAAUUUGCAGCCACUAAAAGUAGACAGCAACAGCCAGACGAGGCCUUCUUUUUCUAUAGACAACAUCAUAGGGGUAAGUGGUUCCGCCAGCACCCCGACCUCGCCGUUCUCGCAAGCGGGGAAUCAAGCCCAGGUGCUGGCCAUGCUUGCACCCUCUCUUGCGUCCACCCCGAACCACUUAAACUUAACGCACGAAAACGUCUUACAUGCAGCAGGAGGGCAGAGUUUUUCCAGUAAAAUCACGAACCUUAACAGCUGUCAUUUUUAAAUACAAACUGUUCUCGCGUCCCGUACCCUUUGUUAAGGUGUUUCAAGUCGGGAGUCACGUGGCUUGCUUACCAGACUGAUGCCGCACUCAUCUGAUAAGCCGCCCAGUCCCGGAUGAAAGUAAACAGCAGGGACAGGAGGUGCAGGGCUGGCUAUGAAACAUCAACAAGAGACCCACGCAGUUCACACUCCGCGCGGGUUUCCAGUGUCUGGAGAGGGCAACAACUCAACCAAAGAUAUCGGCGUAAUGAUGCAUAUAUAUAAAUACUGGCAACCUCAAACAAACACUUUAAAACAACAACGGCUAUAUUGUAUAUAUACUGUAUAUAUUUCACUCAGAGAUGUGUGAUUGCAUUAUGUAUCAGGCUUGUAGUCAAUAUUAACUAAAAUAGCAGCAACUGAAAAGUAGUGUCAUUCCCAGUGGUCAUUUUGUUGACGUUCCUCGGAGCAAGUUGGUCCAGCCACGUCACAAGUUGUACUUCUUUAUUGAAUCAUAUCAUGCUGUAAAUCGGCUGUGUAGUUUGUUUCCUCACAGCAAAAAUCAUGUUUACAGCACCGAGGGUUAAAUAAGUUAUCAAAACAGGAACUAUAAACUACUCAAUAAAAUCCUCGCAGGUCUGUCCCUUCCUGUCGCAGAACUUUGCCUCAUUGAGUUGCAACUGUUGAUUCCCUAAGUGACAAGGUCUAAUUAACCCGGCUAUUAGGCACUGACCUUCAGUAAAGCCGCAGCGACAGAUUCAUUAAAGCUGUUGCCACAAUGCAAAUACAGCUAAUGACUCCUUAAAUAGCCACAGAGACAGAUAUGUGACAAUAAAGGUUUGCUCACAUUUGUCAUUGAGGUGUUUAUGGGGAGAGUCCCACAGCAGCAAGAUGAACUCAUUCCAGACCAGGGGACCUCAGCUCUUCAGUGCAUUGCUGUGAGAAGCAGCGAAACAGGCGAGUCAGGACUGAGAUUGCAUUUCCUACAGUAAAAAGGUGAAGUGUGCAAAAGUAUAUUUGUGGUCUGCGUGAAAAAUUGUUCAGUCUUACAAUUCCACAAAUAUCAAUUAAUUUAUUUUGUUUAUUUAUAUGUUUAAUUAUUUAACCAGUAGAUUUAACAAUUGAUAGCGAGUCCUCAUUUACAAGGGGAUCCUGGAAAACAACAAAAAAGACUAUUGCAAUGUAUAAAAGAUAAUUGCAAUAUAUAAACAACAAAAUAAAACAUGUGUGGUUCAAACUUAAUCAGCAUCAUACCAAGAGCAAAGGAUAUAAUAAACAAGACGUAUCUAUUUGUUAAUGUGGACUGAAGGAGAAUCAUUGGCAGCAGGCUCAAAGCAAUUCCCUAAUACGAUCUUUAAAACAAAACAUCAUACAUUUAACGAAGCCUUGCAUACCGUCCAUGCAUCCCAAAGCAGAUUCAUUAAGGCUCAGGUUCUGAAAGUAAACCAGAGCUAUCUGGACCACAUGGUUAUACAAAACAGCACAGUUCUGCUGAAACUACCAAGCUUUACUUUCCACUGUGCAAACUCUGGAAGUUCUAGAACCUUAGUGAGCAUUCUGUUCCCUCCCUCCCUCUGCCAAUCAGAUCAUUCGAUUCUCAACAGGAAUGGUAUGUAAAGCAUUCUGUAUUCAGGCUGUCUGAGUACAAGGGAACAACAGAUUGGAAAGCCUUGUGGAGGGGUCAGUGUACCCUAAAUCUACCUACCACCACAGAAUGGACAUCUAAUACCAUUGUCCUUUCCCCAUUCCCGAGAGACCUGGUGUGUACUGAAAAGCAAGGGUGAUGGAAAGAAUUACAUUGUAACCACUCUAUUACACAUAUAUGCACUGUAUGAAAUACCUGUUUGCGUUUCAUGUAUUUGCCUGUGUUUAAGUAAAAAGUGCACCACUCAAUAGAUUAUUUGGAUUGUUAUAAUAGCAUUUUUUUUGUGAUGGUGAAAUUGUUUUCAUAGCUGGGAUUUAGAGCUUAAAGACCAAAUGCCUCCUGGUUUGGUUUCCAAUAGACUCACAAUCUAUCUCCUACACUCUAUGUUAAAAAAUCUCCUACACUCGUGCUUAUAAGUGCCCCCUCCCUGUGCAUAAGUGCAUGCUCCUGUUGAGGUGAUUAGUCAGCACUGGUAGUGAAAGUGCUCCAGAGGAACGGGGCUGAGCGCACACCUUAGCACACUAACACUGGGCAGUCGAGACACAGCUGCCCACAUUCAUCAAACAAUCCCUUCUUGUGAGAGAGAUGGUUUGCUCCACCUGGACUCCACCUGUUGCUCCAAUGGAGAAGGUGCACAAUAGCUGUUGUGCUGCCUCAUGCUGAUGCGUGUGCUGCCCAUGUCCUGCGCUCGAGGGGCCCUUGCACAUUCAUUUUGCUUCUCAUAAGUUCUGACUCUAUUGACAGUUUGCGUUUUGGUGAUUGAUAUGUACAUAGCUGAAUAAAUAUUGCUACUACAGAUGCUCGGAUUAAUUGUUUAAAUUCUCUUUCAUAAGGAAUCAUUUAUUAAAUAAUAAAUAAAUACAUAUUUGCUCCUAACAGCUUCUUUUACGCAUUUGAAGCAAACUGGUUGCCUUGCAAGUGUUUAAAUAAAAAUCCAUGCAGACUGCACAGGUGAUAGUA